GCAUGCAUGGCGUAUUUCGGAAAGGAGAGAACAAGGACAUACUGCGCACCUUACUUCUCUUGCUCGCGUCUGUUUUGUUCGCUCAGCAUCUAGCACCCAGCAUCCACAACAGACCUUGCAUAACACACUAUGGCAAUCGAGAAUGUGUUGAUUGAAGGGGACGAAGGUCUUACCGCUGUUUGUUGCACAAGCAACCUCACACUCCAGGCUAUAAACAACUUCCUUGAAAGAGUCAAGUGCCAGGACGACAAGGAACGGCUUCCCCAUACCCUCACCUUGAUUCUAGAUCUUGGAAUGACCUAUAGCGGUGCCUCUGCAGAACUUCGAGGAGAGGAUCCAAGUACUUCUGUUCGAGGGCCAUUCUUAGGCAUGGGCUAUUUUCGCAUACAUGAGGUACUUAAAGAGAUGAUAGAGCAUACAGGAUCUGAUCUCCUGGAGAGCGACUGGUUCCUCGUCCUGGAUGAACGCUCUGACGAGACGCAAUCUGCUGUCAUGGUCAAUGUUGGAGACCUGGGAGUUCGUUCGUUGCGGGUUGACUACCCUGUGUCAGCGCGAUAUCUGGCUGCUGCGGCCAUUGCCAACCCUCCAAUCGACGAGUUGGCAGAGACGGUCGGGGAGGGUGGAAUCUUGCGGGAUUGAAUGACAUUAGAUCUCCCAUGCUAGUUGGCCUUCACAGUUCUUGCAGCUCCCUAGCUAGGCGACGGGUAAAGUAAGCUUGAUGUUUUUGUGAUAAGAAAUUGAAGGCUUCAUCUAUUUGAGAGUAUUAUGACCCAAAAAUUCACGAAUCUUGCCAC